AUGAUUCAGAUUGGUAAGUCGAGAACGGACAAUGUUGCCACAACUUCGAAAAAAAUUGAAGUGAUUUACGGACCUGCAAAAAAUAGAAAGUCGCGUCGCCGUUUUUUUUAUCGUGACGAGCAUCAUGUUACGAACAUUAGUGACUUGCCUUGUCAUAUCUUGGUAUUUUUAUACGCAGUUUAUAUUAAAGGUUUUCAACAAUACCUUGGAGUCAGGAUUUUUGAAAUGCUUCCAAUAAUUGAACGAGUUAAAGCCGAAAGAGUUUGCCGGUUAUGGCAUUAUUUGGCAAGAAAUUUCUCUUGGACAAAAACAAAUGUAUUCUCUUAUCCAGCCUUAAUCGAGCAGACGGAGUGCACUUCUUAUCGUUGUUUGAACGAUCGUCCAUGUGUGGAAAAUGCUCAGGUAAAAUCACUUAUGUUGCGUUGUGGAAGGUACAUCAGAUGUCUUGAUUUACAUGCUUUUCGUGAUUCUUUAACAUACGCGGUUUGCUCGUCUUUCGCUCCUUAUUGUUCAAUGCUGCGAUCGCUAAGCCUUUACGGGAUUCAGCUUACCAACUCGUCACUUCAGCUUCUUGGAAGACACUGUCCGGAAUUGGAGAACGUUAAUUUCUAUAGAUGUUUCCAAGAAAGUGUUGUCGAACGAGGCCUUACUUCUUUCUUCAGCAAAUGCAAUAAUUUGAAAAUGGUUGACGUUGGAGGAAAUGAAAGGUUGAGUGGGGUGCCGUCUUUUUCAAUGUUGCCUCCGUCAAUUACGUCGAUAAAGUUUAGUGGCUGCUACCGUCUUACCGUUGAAGCAAUGAAUCAUUUGAGAACAAGGUGCCCACAAUUGAAAACACUGGUUAUGAGUAGCGUUGAUUCGCUCUCCGCAGCAGAACUUAAUAACUUCUUUGUUUCUUUGGAAGAGCUGCGAAAAUUGAAGUUCGGUGAAUGUUUUAUAUCUCACACUAUUGGAGGUGCUGAUUUGAACCUUGGCCCUUUAAAAAACCUUGCCGAACUAACCGUAAACGAUAAUUUACUUAUCACAGAUCGAGUUUUAAGGACGAUUGCUAACAACUGUAAACAGUUGAAAUUCAUAGACCUUAGUGGUUGCAACCGUUUUGUUACUGAGCAGGGACUACUUGAGUUGGCAAAGCUCCCUUUGUUAGCCUACCUCAAUCUCUCAAUGCUACGAGUUACUUCCGAUGCCGUUGUUAAAAAGAUCGCUGAAAGAGGACUUUUGAAAGUAUUGCUGAUUCACAGGUGCGACGAAGUGACUGAUUCUGGCUUAGAGUUCGCUUUAAAACAUUGUAAGAACCUUACUUGUCUUGAUAUUUCGUUUUGUCCAAAGAUUACUGAUGCGUCUAUGAAAGCCAUGCAGAAAUUUGUUUUGGAGAGGGAGAAAAGAGAAGCAGCUGAACCUGUUGCUCAGUGCUCUGCAAGGCAAAAGCACGAUGGUCUCGUUUCAGAAAUGCUGAGACUUGAAAGAGGUUUACAUGGCUUGAUUGAGGCAGAUAUUGAGAGUCAUGCAACCAGAGCGGACACGUUGAAUUAUGAGGUCAAUCUACCGCAAGGAGCUCAGUGUGAUAAGAAAUCUUGCCGGGAAAAGAAUGAGAAUCCUGAAGGAUAUACAGAGUUGCAUGUUUGGUUGGGGCAUAGUGGCAUCACUCAGCCGUGCCGUUCCACACACCGGCUCCUGAAAGUAGAUGACACAAAUUCCGUCGCUGAACACACACCUUCAAUAUUUGAGUUUAGAGUUGUGAUAAGAAUCAACUGA